UGACGUAGGGCAUUUGGGGAGGAAAACGAAAGUCGCUCUCUUUUCCCCACGUGUCGCGCUAAUCGCGGCGGAGCGUACCGGUCGGGUUGGGGGCGCACACCCCUUUUUCCCCCCACUCCCCCGGGGAAGCGGGAAGCCGGCGGGAGUUCCCGAGGGCGCCUCCAGGAUGGAGCAUCUGCGCCUUAGCCUGGUGGCGCCGCUGCAGCUGGUGGCGCAGAGGGACGAGAGGAGCAGCGGCGAGCUGAGCCGAUUCCUGGCCAAACAGAUCUGGAGUCCACAGGACCGUCAGUGCAUCCUCAGUGCCUUAGCACAAUUAUUACUGGAUAAAGAAUGCACACUUCUGAUUGGUCGACAAUUUCGUCCAAUUUUGCUGGAUUUACUGGAAAGAAAUGCAGAAAUCAUUAAAUCUAGUGGUCAAAUCAACCAUGAUCUUCAUGAGCGACUCUGUGUAGCGAUGAGCAAGCUCAUUGGCGAUCAUCCAGAUGUGAUGCCGUUUGCCUUGAGGUAUUUUAAGGAUACUUCCCCAGUGUUCCAGAGACUCUUUUUGGAGAGUUCAGAUACAAAUGUGGUUCGAUAUGGACGCCGAAGGAUGAAGUUAAGGGACCUUAUGGAAGCAGCCUACAAAUUUCUCCAAAAACAACAGUCUGUAUUCAGAGAGUUGUGGGACUGGAGUGUUUGUGUACCCUUACUGAGGAGUCAUGAUACUUUAGUUCGUUGGUAUACUGCUAGUUGUCUUGCUCUGGUUACGUGUAUGAAUGAUGAGCAUCGAUUAUCUUUCCUGAAGAAGAUCUUUAAUCCAGAAGAAUUAAUACAUUUCAGACUGAAGCUACUAGAAGAAUCACGGAUACAGAAUAUUGAGCGUGCCCUUGUUUUGGCCAACCCUGACACAACUUUGUGGAAUAAAGAGGAGGAGUUGAAAUACACUCAGGGACAGCUUGUGUCUGCCGAUCUUUCUGCAAAGGUAGUCGCCGUUUGUGGCGUCCUGCUACCUAGGCAACAGUUUGAACCUGGAGAAAGUCAGGAGAAUAUUGUGAACCGAUUUGUUUUGGUGAAUUCUACCUGCACGAAUCUUCAAAAGCUGGCCAUGGCUGUAUCUUCACAAAAUGCAGUAUUACUUGAGGGACCAGUAGGAUGUGGCAAAACAUCUCUAGUUGAGUUUUUGGCAGCAAUUACAGGAAGGACAAAACCACCUCAUAUUCUGAAAGUGCAAUUAGGAGAUCAAACUGACAGUAAGACUUUAUUGGGCAUGUAUCGCUGUACUGAUAUACCAGGGGAGUUUGUGUGGCAACCAGGGACUUUGACUCAAGCAGUCAGCAAAGGAUACUGGAUACUUCUGGAGGAUAUUGAUUAUGCACCUCUUGAUGUGAUUUCUGUAUUAAUUCCUCUUUUGGAAAAUGGAGAAUUGUUGAUUCCUGGGCGGAGUGACUGCAUACAAGUUGCUCCCGAGUUCCAUCUUUUCGCAACAAGAAGAGUCUUCAGUUACGGUGGUGGUUGGUACAAGCAGCAAAAUAGCCACGCUGCUCUUCUGGACAAGUACUGGACAAAAAUUCGAGUAGAUAACAUGCCAAAAGCUGAACUCAAAGAGAUUCUGCAGAGGAAUUACUCCAAACUUUCCAAAGUAAUGGAUUGUCUGUUAGACAUCUACAUUGAGCUUACUGGUGACAAACAUUUAUCCGAAAGCCAUGUUGUAGCAGAUGGGAACAUAAGGGGAAGUACAUCGUACUGUAUGGAAAGCAAGCGGCCAAAUUUAGAGGGCAGAGAGUUAUCUCUGAGGGACUUGCUGAAUUGGUGCAACAGGAUUGCUUUCAAGUUUGAUAGUUCUUCUUCUACUGCACUGAGUAUUUUUCAUGAGGCAUUGGACUGCUUCACAGCUAUGCUGUCCAAACAAGAGAGUAAAAUGAAAAUGGCAGAAGUCAUUGGAAGCAAGUUGAACAUUUCCAGACAUAAGGCUGAAUAUUACUGUCAGCUUUAUAAGCCAGAGAUUGUAAUAGGAGAGCAAGACGUUUCGGUGGGAAGAGUCAAGUUGUUUCGGAAGCAAACACAUGCACUAUUUGUACAACGGAAAAAGCUGACCUUUGCGCCCACACGCCCAUCUUCAGUAUUAAUUGAGCAGCUUGCUGUGUGUAUUGAUAAAGGCGAGCCUGUGUUACUGGUGGGUGAAACAGGGACGGGCAAAACAUCCACUGUUCAGUACUUGGCCCAUGUCACAGGAAACCGUUUGAGGGUUAUCAAUAUGAACCAGCAGAGUGAUACUGCGGAUCUUCUAGGGGGCUAUAAGCCCGUUGACAACAGAUUAAUUUGGUUGCCCUUGCGAGAGUCUUUUGAAGAGCUGUUUGCACAAACAUUUUCUAGAAAGCAAAACCAGACCUUCUUAGGCCAUAUCCAGACUUGCUAUCGGCAAAAACGAUGGCAUGAUCUUCUCAAAUUGAUGCAGCAUGUUCUUAAAUCGGCUGUUAACAAGGAAGCUAAAGAAAAUGCCUGUGGUUCGCUGUUGAAGGAAAGGUGGGAAGAAUUUGGUAUCCGAUUGAGCCAUGCCCAACAGCAGAUGAAGAUGGCAGAAAAUGCUUUAGUCUUUGCAUUUGUUGAGGGCACUCUGGCACAGGCAGUGAAGAAAGGAGAAUGGAUUCUUCUAGAUGAGAUUAAUUUGGCUGCAGCAGAAACUCUGGAAUGUCUAAGUGGUUUACUUGAAGGAUUAUCCGGUUCAUUGGUAUUGCUCGACAGAGGAGACACAGAGUCACUGGUACGCCAUCCCAGCUUUCGUUUGUUUGCCUGUAUGAAUCCAGCUACUGAUGUUGGAAAAAGAAAUCUCCCUCCAGGAAUACGGAACAGGUUUACUGAACUUUUCGUAGAAGAGCUACAAAAUGAAGAAGACCUCCAGAUACUUGUUGUAGAUUAUCUGAAAGGGCUGAACGUGAGCAAAAAUGUAGUGCAAGGGAUCAUAAAUUUCUAUUUGUCUGUGAGAAAGGAGUGUGAAAGAAAACUGGUGGAUGGGACAGGCCACAGGCCCCAUUACAGCCUUCGUACUCUGUGCAGAGCAUUAAGAUUUGCGUCAUCUAAUCCAUGCAACAACAUACAGCGCUCACUUUAUGAGGGCUUUUGCUUGGGAUUUCUUACACAGCUGGAUCGUACAUCUUACCCAGUUGUUCAGAAAUUGAUAUGCCAAUAUAUUUUGUCUGGGAACACAAAGAACCUUCUUAAGCAGCCCUUGCCAGAGCCUAAAGGAGGGAGAAUGAUUAAGGUCGAGGGAUAUUGGAUUUCAGUUGGUGAUAAAGAACCCACUGUAAAUGAGACUUACAUACUCACACCUUCAGUCAAGCUUAAUCUCAGAGAUAUUGUCAGAGUUGUAUCAGCUGGGACUUACCCAGUGCUGGUUCAAGGAAGUACUUCCAUUGGUAAAACCAGUUUGAUCCGUUGGUUGGCUGCUGCAAGUGGGAACCAUUGUGUUCGAAUUAACAAUCAUGAGCACACCGACAUCCAAGAGUACAUUGGCUGUUACACAUCAGAUGUAUCUGGGAAGCUGAUAUUUAAAGAAGGGGUCCUUAUUGAUGCCAUGCGAAAGGGCUACUGGAUCAUCCUAGAUGAGCUAAACCUGGCGCCCACUGAUGUUUUGGAAGCACUGAACAGACUGCUAGAUGACAACAGAGAGCUGUUCAUAACAGAGACCCAGGAGACGGUCAAAGCUCACCCAAGAUUCAUGCUUUUUGCUACUCAGAAUCCUCCAGGGCUCUAUGGAGGUAGGAAGGUGUUGUCCAGAGCCUUCAGAAAUAGGUUUGUGGAGCUACAUUUUGACGAACUACCAAGUGCAGAAUUGGAAACAAUUUUGCACAAAGGAUGCCAGCUUCCUCCCUCCUACUGUAGUAGACUUGUCAAAGUCAUGCAAGAGUUGCAGUCUUACCGCAAAGGUUCAUCAGUGUUCGCUGGCAAGUAUGGCUUCAUUACUCUUCGGGAUCUUUUUCGCUGGGCUGAAAGGUACAGGUUAGCACAACAGACCGACAAGGACUAUGACUGGCUUCAGCAUUUAGCAAAUGAUGGGUUUAUGCUUCUAGCAGGAAGAGUCAGGAAACAACAAGAAGUGGACAUUAUCCAAACGGUGAUUGAAAAACACUUCAAGAGGAAAUUGGAUCCACAGCAUCUCUUCUCGGAAGAAAGUGUGAAGAAGCAACUGGCUAAAGCAUCAAUGUGGAUGUCCAUAAUGAAUGACAAAUUCAGUCACAUUGUGUGGACCCAAGGGAUGAGGAGGCUUGCCAUUUUGGCUGGCCGAGCAUUGGAAUUUGGUGAACCUGUACUUCUGGUCGGAGACACCGGGUGUGGCAAGACUACUAUUUGUCAGAUACUUGCUGCUUUAGCAGGUCAGAAACUGCAUUCGGUGAACUGCCACUUGCACAUGGAGACUUCUGACUUUCUGGGAGGACUGCGGCCCGUCAGGCAGCAUUCAAAGGACACGGAGGAGUUUGAUGGCUCUCGACUGUUUGAAUGGCAGGAUGGAGCCCUUGUUUUAGCAAUGAAAGAGAACAGCUUUUUUCUGAUGGAUGAGAUUUCAUUAGCAGAUGAUUCUGUUCUGGAAAGACUUAAUAGUGUUCUGGAAACUGAGAAGACACUGGUGUUAGCUGAAAAAGGUAGCAAAGACGAUGAAGUUGAAUUGCUGACUGCAGGAGAUAAGUUUCGUAUCUUAGCGACAAUGAAUCCUGGUGGUGACUUCGGGAAAAAAGAGCUAUCGCCUGCCUUGCGUAAUAGGUUUACUGAAAUAUGGUGUCCACAGAGUAACAACCGUGAAGAUUUAAUUCAGAUUGUAAAACAUAAUCUUCAUCCUGGGCUCAGUCUUACCAGAAAAAAAGAUAAAGGAAAAGAUAUAGCAGAACUCAUGAUGGAUUUCAUAGAAUGGCUGACUAACCAAGACUUUGGGCGCCAGUGUAUUCUCAGUGUCCGAGAUGUCCUGUCCUGGGUCAGCUUCAUGAAUGCUAUGGCACAAGAUGGGGUGUCAGAAGAGUACCCUUUGCUUAGCAUCUCUCCAGCGACGACAUUUGUCCAUGCUGCAUGUUUGGUCUACGUGGAUGGAAUAGGUUCAGGCACCAUGUCUUGUUCCCCUAACUUGACUGCUUUGGCUCGUGAAAAAUGUCUGGACUAUCUCUGUGGAACGCUCUCCCAAAUUGUGGACCUCACUGAGGACCAGAGGAAUGAAUUGCGAAUCUAUGACCUGGAGAGGGACAGGGAAAUGGUUUGGAUGGAGAACUGUGUAGGAAUUCACCCAUUCUUUAUACCCAAAGGCCCUGUUUAUCAGAAGAACAGUCUCUCGGACUAUGCUCUGAAUGCGGGGACCACAGCGAUGAAUGCCCAGCGGUUGUUACGAGCCUUGCAGCUUAGCAAACCCAUUCUGCUGGAAGGCUCUCCGGGUGUUGGGAAGACAAGCCUCGUUGGUGCCUUGGCAAAAGCUUCAGGAAACAGCCUCGUUCGAAUCAACCUGUCUGAACAAACGGACGUCACAGAUUUAUUUGGCACAGACCUGCCUGUGGAGGGAGGCAAAGGAGGAGAAUUUGCCUGGCGUGAUGGUCCCUUACUUGCAGCUUUGAAAGCUGGACACUGGAUUGUAUUAGAUGAACUAAACUUGGCUUCUCAGUCCGUGCUAGAAGGCCUGAAUGCCUGUCUUGACCAUCGGGCAGAGAUUUAUAUCCCUGAGUUGGGGAUGAGUUUCCAUGUGCAGCACAAAAUGACAAAGAUUUUUGGAUGCCAGAAUCCAUACAGGGAAGGAGGUGGCAGAAAGGGUCUGCCAAAGUCCUUUCUCAACAGAUUCACACAGGUUUUUGUGGACCCACUUUCUGCAGCUGAUAUGGAGUACAUUGGGGAUACCCUGUUUCCUGCCAUUGGUAAAGAUAAUAUUGCAAGGAUGGUCGAAUUUAACAACAAGAUUGAACACGAAGUUAUGAUUGAGAAGAAGUGGGGGCAUAAAGGCGCACCUUGGGAAUUUAACCUGCGUGACCUGUUUCGAUGGUGCCAGCUAAUGCUUGUUGACCAGUCCCCUGGAAGUUAUAGCCCAGGCCAACAUAUGUUUCUGAUAUAUGGGGAAAGAAUGCGAACCAAAGCAGACAAAGAGAAGGUAGUGGCUUUAUUCAAGGAAUAUUUUGGUCAGAGGUCUAGUCCAUACAUGGGAACAAGACAGUUCUACAUCACUCCUUAUGAUGUUCAGGUUGGUUUCUCAAGUCUUUCCCGGGCCAACUAUGUUCCACCUCCUGGCAGAAAUCUUACACUUCUCCACAAUUCACUCCAGCCUUUGGAAUCCAUCAUGAAAUGCGUCCAGAUGAGCUGGAUGGUCAUAUUGGUGGGCCCUGCAGCUGCUGGCAAGACUAGCCUUGUGCAGCUCUUGGCAUACCUAACAGGUCAUCAGUUAAAGGUUAUGCCGAUGAACAGUUCUAUGGAUACUACAGAACUACUAGGUGGAUUUGAGCAAGUUGACAUCAUUAGGCCAUGGAACAGCUUGCUGGAGAAGGUAGAGAAUGUCGUGAGCACACUUCUGAGGGACAGCCUCCUCCUCACUGCAAUCUGUCCAGAUGAUGCUGAAGUUGUGUUGCGUGCCUGGAGUAGUUUUGUCCUUAACUUCAAACCUAAGGCUCUGGGGGAGAGCAAUCGAACUAUCACCACUGAGCUGGUGAAUAAAUUAGAAGGAGUCCUUGCCCUAGUCCAGCGACUGAAUACCAAGAUCAGCUCCUACUCGAAGCCAGAGUUCUCAAGACUAGUGGAAGAAUUUCGGCACUUCAAGCUGCAGGUUCAGUUUAUGAACAACAGCAGACAUGGUACUUUCGAAUGGGUUGAUGGGAUGCUGAUUCAAGCUUUACAAUCUGGAGACUGGCUUCUGAUGGACAAUGUUAACUUCUGCAGCCCUUCUGUUCUGGACCGCUUGAAUGCUCUGCUUGAAUUGGGAGGAGUCCUUACCCUGAGUGAACGAGGUGUGGUAGACGGUGUCACCCCCACUGUCACUCCUCAUCCAAAUUUCAGGCUUUUCCUCUCAAUGGAUCCUUCCCAUGGGGAAAUAUCCCGAGCCAUGAGGAAUCGUGGAAUUGAAAUAUAUGUUGCUGGGGAUAGUAAUGAGAAUGCACUGGAUCCUCACGAUGUGAAGCAGCUGUUGCACAGCUUGGGAUUGUUAGGAAGUAGCACAUGUGAUACACUGAUGGCUGUGCACACAGAAGCUAAAGAAAGCAUAGCAGGUUCCACAUAUACUCUGUCAUCUUUGAUUCAUGCUGCAACACUGAUAGUGCAGCAGUUGCACCGAGGACUGGGCAUAACAGAGAGCUUCUAUAAGGCAUGUUGGGAAGUCUAUAUGGGUGCACAGCAUUCUCAAGACAAUCAAAAGAUUGUGCUGGACUUGAUAACAAAGCAUGUUGCAGCUUUGAAUUCGGAUGAAACAAGGGGUGCUUCUCUGCUCGCCUUGGGACUGUGGCCGGAUUCUGCAUCCAGUGCUUUGUUUGCAGCUGAAGAUUCCCUCCUUUCUACGGUUCAUAAUGAUGGCCAGGUCCUGGCCUAUUGCCUGAACAGACUGAAUCUGAAAAACAGCAGGACCCUUCCUCUUACCAUCUGUGACUUUGAGAAGAUUCUGCAGUCUCCUAAUCCAGACUGUCUCAAAUUCAGUGCAAUUGAGAUAAGUGCUUCAUGGGCGGAUGACACCGAGGUUCUCUCCGCAGCAGUUAAAUUAUUCAUAGAGAAAGCAACUAAUCAGGACUGGACGUUGAGAGUCGGAUGGCUGAAUCAGUUAAAAAAGAAUUCACCCCAAGUGCCUGAUUCAGUACAUACUCAGCUGGAAGCUGGUGCUGCCUCUCUGAAUAAUUUCUAUUUCAGCCCCCUUUCAGGUGGAAUCAGUAAUGUAAUAAAGAUGCUGCAACCAAAUGUGACAGAUGAGCAUGUGAUUCCUAUGGAUCCGAGGUGGAACACGCAGUGUUUGGAAAUGAUUAGCAAUUCAGUGGAUUUUGAUGCAGAAGUCGAACAUUCAGAUCAGCUGCUUAUUCUUCUGAAAUCACUUUCAAAUCGAGCAAUACUGUUUCUGGACCGGGAGAAAAAGAGCUAUGUUGAAAGGAGCUUAAUUAAUACCAGAAAGCCUAAAGCUAGUGCUCUGAGAAUAUCCAUAGAAUUUCAUAAAGACCCUGGCAGUCACAACUCACUCCCGCAUGCUAUUGUGGCCAACCUUGCCGCUUUUUUUGAACUUUGGGAUGCCUUCAUAUUGCAGUGGGUGAAGACCACUCAAGUUGCUGUCACUGAUGAAAAACUGUAUGAUAUCCUGCACUGUUUAUUGUGGCGUGACAGAUUUUGGACAACAUCUGACAUAGUGGCUGUUGAUUCUUCGGGCUUGACACUCUUAUCCCUUCACUGGCACUGGGUUGUGAAACACUUAAUCAUCAAAAUACCUCAAUUAUUGGGUGGAUAUGAGCACCAAAAGCUCUUGAAGGAUAUUCAGUCUGUGUCACAGCAAAUUCAGUCUUGUCUGGCCAGUUCUGCUGGUAUUUCUGCCAACAUUAAGAAGCUGCAGAAGUCUUUGGGAAAACCUCUUCCUUUCAAGGAGAAAGCCAUAGUGGAAGCUGCUGCUCACCUCAGGAGACUCUCCAAAGCAUUCAGUAUCCUGGAGUUGAGGCCUGCCUUUGGGGAUGAUCAGUGGCAGAAGGAAAUCUGUAUUCUGAAAGUUAUUGCCACAGAGUGGAAGGUGAAAAUGCUGUUGCUUCAAGCUGAAGGUCUCAUUCUCAGAGCCAAUCAUUUGAAGGAUGUUAGUUCAGAGGAUUUGCAGACUUUACUGAACCACCAGCAUUCAGAGCUGAGAGAAAAAGGAGCCUUGGCUGAACCACUUGAAGGAAAGCCUGUCGCAGGCCAGCAGCCGGAGUCUCCUGUGUUAAGCCAGCUCUCCAGCAGGGUGCAGAUGUGGCCUACCAUGGAGUAUCUAGCUAUGUUAUGGCAGUACAAGCUGACCACCGAUUGCAUUGCUGAGUUGAACUUGGAAAGGAGAAGCAGUAAUCAACAAUUAAGAAUGUAUUCAGAAAUAAGACAACUUACUGUGUUUUGCCUUAAAUUGACGCCAACUACCUCGGAACAGCUUAAAGGGCUCUAUUACCUGUUGGAUCUGGAAAAGGUCUCAGCAGAAGAAAUUUCUCUCUUGUGGUCAGAACUGGUGAGUUCUGCUUUGGCCUUGUUCUGGACCAGUACUGUCACUAUGGAUCCCGAGCGCUGGUUGUCCUGGCACCCUCUAUCUAAGGAAGAGAAGAAGAUGCCAAAACCUCUCAUGGACAACUCUGUUCAGGGUGUGGGUAUUUUGAGUCGAGCAGUUUUCUCCAAGUGCCUCUCUGAAAUUCUAACUAGCAGCAGCAAGUGGUACCAGUGGGAUGUGAGGGGCCUUCCUGUUCUUUCCUAUUCAGAGGUAUACUUCUUCUUGAAACCUGCCUGUCUUGUCGAAUAUUUUCAGCUGCACCAUCUAGAAUGUGAAUGGAAGACACACGAUCUGUCGACUCAGUUACACACAGGGAAAAGUCUGGAAGAUGAAACUAUACGCAGUCACAGUCACCCUCAUAUUAGGAUGUUAUGCCAAAGAAUCCAGAAGUUGAAGGAUCAGAUUGCCCGCCUGGGCCAGAAGCAGGCCUUCAGGCCACAAGCUGCUUGCUACACGUUCUUACAUCAGGAGAUUCAUCAAUAUGCCAACAGUAUUGCCCAGAUUUCCAAAGUCCAGGAUCUUACGACCCGCCUGCUGCAAUUGCUCCAUGAGGAUACGGCCCAGUCUUUCCAGGUGGCACAAAAUGUCCUGAAGGAGGAAGCCUCUUGGCAGCAGUCACAGCACCAGUUCAGGAAGCAUUUGGCGGAGGAAUACAUUGCUUUCCCUGAUGUUGUCACUCCCCUGCAAGCGGCCAUUUUGCAGGUCCAGCACGGCUUAAGACUCGUCGCUUCCGAAGUGCACAGAACGAUGUUCAGCAGCUUUGUCAGCCCAGCCAAGCUCAGCACCCUGGUUGCUUCCCUGCUGUCAUUCCCUUCCGUGGGCAGCACCUUCCCCACUUACCUUUCCCAGGCAGAUACUUUGUGCUCUGUGAACUCUCUGGAUGUCCUUCAUGGCCUUAAGAGGUUAUCUUUAAAAUACUCUGCUGAAGAUUCUGACAAAGAGCAGAAGAUGUGCCUUACUCAGGAGCAGCUGCUGGUGAACGCUCUGUUGUUUCUCCAUUGCCAUGUGCUGUCCCAGAGAGAACUGGACCAUAAAUCUCUGAAGCUUUUUAGACAUUUGUGCCAGGUCAUUAUAAAUGAAUGGGAUGAACAAGAGCGACAAGCUCAGGAAGAGGAAGAACAAAAGAACAGUCUAUAUAGAUACAAGAGUAAGAAGCAUGGAAGUGGCCUCAGUGAAGAGGAGGAGGAAGAGAGGGAGUUCAGAAGGACGUUCCCUCUUCAUGAGAAGGAUUUUGAAGAUAUUACUAAUAAAGCAAGCCUUGAGGGAAACAUGGAAGUGGAGUAUUGUUUUGAAAACGAAGCAGAUGCUGAACAGCCUCUUCUUUCUCAUCAUUCAAUGAAAACAUUAAUGACAGUGCACCAGCAACUGUGCCUUUACUUUGCACGAUCCUUGUGGUAUCAGCAAAACCCACCAUCCCUUCAGGCUAAGCAUCAUUUGAGUGCAUUUCUUUCCUGUUACCAGACUGGUUCUUCACUGUUGGCUCACUUCUAUCCUUUGAUUGGUCCUGAAAUGAAUGAUGCUGUUCAUGGUAGCCAACUUCUAACUAGUACAAUAUUGCAGAAUACACUUUUUGAAGAAGGCACUUCAGAGUUGGUUCUGGAGAGUGAAGGGCCAUAUGACUUCUACCACCAUCCAAAUAUCCAGCAAGUACGAAAGUGCCGGCAUGUACUUGAAAAUUUCACUAAGGAAGUGAAGGUGCUAUUGCAAGAAUGGCCUGAACAUCCUGCACUUGUCCAACUCUUGGUUGUAAUGGACAGAAUCCACAGUUUUCCGCUCUCCAGCCCUCUUUCAAAAAUCCUGAAUGGAUUGGAAAUUCUGCUGUCUAAGUCUCAGGACUGGGAGGAGAAUGCUAGCCGUGCCGUGUCUCUGAGGAAACACCUUGACGUGGUCACUCAGUUGAUCAUUCAGUGGCGCAAAUUAGAGCUGACUUGUUGGUCUGUCAGUCUGGAUAAUACCAUGAAACAUCAUGCAGAAAAAUCCAUGAAACACUGGCUUUCAGUCUAUCAGAUGAUUGAAAAAUACAGGCAAGAGCAAACAGAGAAAAGUGAAGAUGUGAACUUAACAGCCAUGGUCAAUACACUGCAAGCUUUCAUAGAAGGAGCCACACUUGGGGAGUUUCAUGCACGACUUCAAAUGCUUCUGGAAUUCCACUGUCAUCUUUUGCUUAUGCCACAAGUGGAAGGAAAUGACAUGCUGUGCAAUGUAUUGUGGAAUCUAUACAAUUACUACAAUCAGUUUUCAGAACGUGUCCGUGCCAGGCUGACUGAAGUUCGACAUCCAAUAGAAAAAGAACUGAAGGAGUUUGUGAAAAUCUGUAAGUGGAACGACGUCAGUUUUUGGGCUGUGAAACAGUCUGUGGAGAAGACACAUAGGACACUUUUUAAAUUUAUAAAGAAAUUUGAAACUGCUCUCAGUGAACCCUGCCAAUCUGCCUUCGUGGAAAUAGCCAGAGAAGAACAGCUCAUUUCCUUGCAGAAACAAGAGACGUCAGAAAACCAAGAAACUAAAAUUCAGCACCUGACCAACAUAUUAAGGAAAAAACUGACAGCUAAAACAGAUAUGGCUCAGGCUUUUCUUUUAGAAGAACCAGAAAGAGAUGUGUUUCAGCCAGAAUCUCUUCAGGGCCGCUUACCCAAACUCACAAAGCGAAUGAGGAAGAUAUGCACAACUCUAGUGAAAAACAACUCAUUUUUGGACCUGGUGGAGAAUCUAGAUAAUUUUACUGGUGAUGUUAUUUCUUCUGCCCAUGAGUUGCAAAAUAUGUCUGUGAAUCCCACAGCAGAGAAGGAAAAACAGAGGUCAGAAGUCAAACAUUUAUUUGUGCAGAAACAAAGAGCCCUAACGGAGCUCUUUAAAAACCUUGCAGCUACAGGAUUAUCCUAUCGCAAAGGCUUGGCUUGGUCUCGUUCAAAAACAUCCCAGGAUCUGCUUUUCCUUCAUCCCCUGGAUUUACGUUGUGCAUUAGCUCUAGUCAACUGCACACACAAAGUGGACGCCACGUUACUCUCUGAGAUCUGUUCAUCUUGGGAUGGAUGCCAGAAAUACUUCUAUCAAUCCCUUGCACGUCACUGUAAGCUUCAGACAGCAUUAGUAGCACCUUCAAAGGAAAUUGGCCUUGGCACUGUUGAGAGAUGCAGAGGAUUCACCGCACAUCUCAUGAAGACGCUUGUUAAGCAGAGGAACUUUCUUACAGCUUUGACAGAGCAGUGGGUUUUCCUGAGAAAUCUUCUAAGCUGUGUACAGGAGAUUGAUGCCAGGCUGAAUGCUAGCAAUGAAUAUGAAGUAGCCUUCCCUCCUCAAGAUGGUGUUCAGCAGUGGACUGACAGAUUGCAGUAUCUGGCCAUGCAAUGUGUAGUGGUCCUGGAGCAGUUCUCCUGGUUUCUGGAGUGCUGUCCAAAAGACCAAUCCUUGAAUGUUCCCAGGACAGAAAUGCAGUCUGAAGGACCUGAAGUGAAUUUAUCUAGUUUUCUGAAAUCGCUACCUGAGCUUAACUCUCCAGAGUUACAGUAUCUCACUCCAGUGGCUGCAGAUCAGCUGCCUGCUGGAUGCAAGAUGCGAAAACACAAUUCAUUGCAUCAACAACUGGCUUCAAAAGUGAGGGAGAUGCUGGUGGAAGUUAAGGCAAUAAAAUCGGAAGUGGACAGAAUACGACAGCAGUCUUGUGAGACUCUCUUCCAUUCUUGGAAAAGCUUCGAGGUAUGUUCUACAGGGAUUGAGUGUUUAUUGAAGGUUUCAAUUGAAUUUCAAGAUAUGGAGUCCUUGUUUGUUCCACCUGAAUUGGAAGCCAGUCAAGCUGUACCACAAAUGGCAUUGAUCAGAAGUCUCAUAUAUAUUCAAGGAGAAAUUAAUAAGAGUGUUGAUGACUUUGCUAUCUGGAAGACACAGCUGUUCAGUUCAAUUUCACACUGUGACGGGGACAGAAGACCAGAUGAUGGAUUUGUAGAACUCUUCUCAGAACAAAUAGAACUGGCAAUCCAAGCUGUCCUGAGUGCUAUACAAGGUCUGGUAGAAAGAAGAAAGGAAAGAGAGGACGAAACCUCCCUGAAUGAGAGUAGAGAAGAAGCUUCAGUGGACCGGCUCAGGAAAGGGCACCUGACCAAACUCUUGGACGAAGAUAUCUGUGCAGAUGUGACUUCUUUACAUGUGCAGAAAAUAAUUUCAGUCAUUUCAGAACUCCUGGAGCAACUGAAAUCCUAUGGCGAGGAUUACACGGCAUACAAGUGCAAGGUUUUCAAUCAAGCCUGCCACUUACUGGUGCGUCUAAUGCCAAUACUAAACAAGUAUUCCAAUAUCAUCCUCUUCUACCUCACUGUUUCCUUGGCCACACAUAGGAGUACGGGGAAGUUGCUUUCUGUUCUAGCUAACAUAUUUACUGAACUUGCCCAAAAGGGGUUUUGUUUGCCAAAAGAGCUAAUGGAGGAGGAUACUGCAGGAGAGGGAGGAACAGAAUUCCAUGAUUACGAAGGAGGUGGCCUUGGAGAAGGGGAAGGCAAAAAGGAUGUGAGUGACAAGAUAGAGAAUGAAGAUCAGGUAGAAGAUACUUACCAAAAGGAUCAAGAAAAGGACAAUGAAGAUCCAGAAUCUAAAACAGAUAUUAAAGGAGAAGAUAAUGCAAUUGAAAUGUCAGAGGAUUUUGAAGGAAAAACAUAUGAUGGGGAGAGAGAAAAGCAAGAUGAUGAUGAAAAAUCAGAUGAGGAUGAAGAUUUAGAUAAACAAAUGGGAAAUCUUGGAGACUCUGAAGCUGACAAACUGGAUGAGAGGCUUUGGGGGGAUGAUGAUGAUGAUGAUGAAGAAGAGGAAGAUGAAAGCGAUAAUGAGGAGAAUGUAACAGAAACAGGACCAGGAGUAGAUGAGGGUGAUUCAGAACUUGUUGCCAAAGAUGAUAAUGUGGAUGCUAACAAUAAAAAUGAUAAAAAUCCACCCAAAGAUGAUGAAAAAGAAAAGCCAGCAGAGGAUGGUGAAGCAAGAGAGAAAAUCCAUGAACAAAUAGAUGAGCGUGAAUAUGAUGAAAAUGAGGUAGAUCCCUAUCAUGGAAAGCAAGAGAAACAUCCUGAACCUGAACCAUUAGAUCUUCCUCCUGACCUGAACCUGGAAAAUGGAGAGAAGGAUGAUGGGGACAAGGAAGAAGAAGGAGAAAACCCGUUUGAGAUUGAAGAGAAGACCACAGAGGUUGAUGAAAAAGCGACAGAGAAAAAUGCUGAAGACACAGAUGAAGGGUGUCCAGAUUCUGAGAAAGCUGAAAACGAGUCCUGUGAAGAAAAAAGUGAAGAUGAUAAAAUGGAAGAAGAACCGAAGGAAGAUGGAAGCACCAAUCACCCUGAUCCACAGACAGGUGAAGAAGGAGGAGAAGAAGAAGCUUUAGACAAUCAAGAAGACUCCCCUGAAGAAGAGAAUGAAAGGGGCAUUCCAACAACUGACCACGGCCUUAAUCCUCAGGAAAAUGAAGAUAUGGAUAAUUCUAAUGAGGAGGACCAGUUACCUGAUGCUGCCGAGAGAAUGGAACAUGAAGCAUAUGGGGAGGCAGGAGAGGAGAACCUGCAGAGCGAUACUGCUGUAGAGCUGGCAGGAAUGGCUGCUGAGAAGGACCAGGCCAAAGAGGAACAUGGAAGUGGAGUUGCUGAUGCAAAUCAGUCCGAAGGGCAUGAAUCUGAGUUAAUGGCACGACUGGCACUGCAGAAACAAAGCCGGAAAAAUACACAGAGUUUUAAGAGAAAACCCAGACAAGCCGACAAUGAGCGCUCUACAGGAGACCAUAGCCAACAUAUUCACAAGCGUUUGAGAACUAUAGAGUCCAGCUGCGACACAGAACAGGUUUCUGAACAGCCAGAACAAAAUGUGGGAGAAGCUGAUGCCUUUGAGCACAUUAAGCAAGGCUGUGAAUCGUAUGAUGCCCAGACCUAUGAUGUAGCUACUGAAGAACAACAAAAGACUAUGCCUAUUAAUCAAGACAAUGAAGAACCAGCUUCUGAAGAUGUAGCUAUGGAAACAGAAUCUCAGACCAUUGAGGAUCUGAGAGCAGCAGAUGCAGAGAAACUGAAUCCAGAAGUAAAGAUGUCUGAUGCUUCUAAAUCUGGAUCUGAGGAGGUGGAAUUGGAUGGCCAAGCUCUCAGUUUCGAAGAGGAGGAAGAACGUGGAGAAGAUAAAUCACCACUAGAAGUAAAGCAGGACAGAAACAAAGAUUCCACUAUACAUACUGCCCAUCAGUUCUUGAAAGAUACCACCAUCCAGUACACUGUUAAAAAUCCAGAAGAGCUCAGACGGGAACUGGAGAAACAAUUAGCAGACUGGAAGACUGGAAACGUUGCAGAGGAAAAAGCAGCAGCAGAAAUGUGGCAGAGGUAUCAUCUACUUACUGCACCCCUUUCACAACAGCUAUGUGAACAACUGCGACUUAUACUAGAGCCAACUCAGGCAGCUAAACUGAAAGGUGAUUAUAGAACAGGGAAAAGACUGAACAUGCGCAAGGUGAUUCCCUAUAUUGCCAGCCAAUUCCGAAAAGAUAAAAUCUGGUUACGAAGGACCAAGCCCAGCAAACGACAGUACCAGAUUUGCUUAGCCCUUGAUGACUCAGCCAGUAUGAUAGACAACCACUCUAAGCAGCUUGCUUAUGAAUCCCUGGCUGUGAUUGGAAAUGCUUUGGCUCUUUUAGAAGUGGGGCAGAUUGCUGUAUGUAGUUUUGGAGAGACAGUUCAGCUACUACAUCCAUUCCAUGAGCAAUUUAGUGACCAAUCAGGAGCCCGGAUAUUACAGCACUGCAGAUUUGAACAAAAGAAAACCAGAAUAGCUGAGUUUUUAGAAUCCUCAGUAAAUAUGUUUGCAGCAGCACAGCAGUUGUCUCCAAACCUGAAUCCAGAAACUGCCCAGUUGCUCCUUAUAGUAUCAGAUGGAAGAGGUCUUUUCCUUGAAGGCAAAGAACGUGUGACAGCAGCUGUUCAGGCUGUUCAGCAUGCUGACAUCUUCAUCAUUUUUGUAGCAUUGGAUAAUCCUAAUUCGAGGGACUCCAUCAUGGACAUUAAAGUACCUGUGUUCAAACACCCAGGAGAAAUGCCAGAAAUAAGGUCGUACAUGGAAGAAUUCCCCUUUCCCUUCUACAUCAUUCUCAGAGAUGUAAAUGCCCUCCCAGAGACUCUCAGUGAUGCACUCAGGCAGUGGUUUGAAUUGGUGACUGCUUCAGACAUCCUGUAGAAUUUACUGGGUCAAGUGAAUAUCUAGUUGCCACUUCCAACCUGCUGCUGUUCACAUGGACCAGAAAUCACACUCUUAAAACAUGCAUUCUCCCUUCUCAAAAUAGGAGACUAUGCAAAGAAUCACAACUUUGGACUGUACUGACUUUACUUUCUUGCCUAUAGCUGGAAACAGUGGGAAACCACUUUCUUCCUUUGAUUACUCCUUGAAUAAUUUAUUCUAACGUUUAUUUGCCAUGUUGGUGUCAUUUAAAAAAAUAGGCAGUUCCUAAGACUCUGUUUCUAUUGUAGUAAGAAGCUAGUAUCUGUUCUCGGAGAGGAAGUUGCAACUAGAGAUGUUUAACCAUAAUAAAAAUACUUGUCUGUCUUAGGUCACAUGUGUGAGUGGACCCUGUGUUUGUGGGGGUAGGGAUGGGAACUGAAUUUUACACAGCCAAAAAAAAAACCACAAACCUACUUGAAUACUUGACAUUGUUCAGCAUUGCUGAAAAGUUGCUGGUUAUCUGAUAAUGUUAGAAGGAUGUCUUUGUGAUAGGAAAGACUCAGCAUUAUCAUUUUACACUGUGAAGUUUGCCUUCUCUCCAAGGCAAAUAUUAAGAUGCAUUUUGGUGUCCUAAAAGCAUGCACAGGGACUUCUCCCCCCAACACUUUUUUCAUUACAAGAACUAUGCAUCAUUUGUGAUUAUUAAUAAAGAUGUUUUUGUUUGUUA